AUGAGCACCACCUCUUCCUCAGUCAGCCUCGACUUCAGCACAUUUUCCAACGUGAUUGACGGCAAGCUCUCGUCUACUGGCAAGAAAGAGUUCAAGGUUUGGGCCAGAAUACCAUGCGCGGAGAGGCAAAAUCCCAUGCAAGUAUUCGCGGACGCCAUGGCAAAAGUGGAGGAUGGAUUCGCACAGACGUUGACGCAAGAGCAAGGAAAGCAGCAGAUUCAUUUCGCAAUCUUCGAAAUGGACUUCACCGUUUACACCCGACGGCGGGCUGAAAGUGGCUGA